AUGAGUAGCACUACAAAUGAGAAAGUAAAUAUGUCGAACAACGAAAGAACUCCCUUGAUUGCCACGGUCCGGGUCGCCCCACCGCGUCACCGAUACCCUCACAACGUUGUCCGUCGAUUCUGUACCAUCGCGUUGGCUUCCUCCUUGGUGGCCCUCGUUGUAAUUUUCCUCCUUCCUGUCGCCCUUCUUCCAGGGCACCGUCACCGUCGACCCAUCCCUCCACCUCCGCCCGGUCAGUCACCAAACGCUAUCACAUUCAAGGAGCUUCAGAGCAUCCUGUCAGAGACACCCAAAGCCGAGAAGGCCCGGGAAUGGAGUCGCUACUACACUUCAGGGCCUCAUUUGGCAGGGAAAAACUACAGCCAGGUUUUAUGGACCCAGGAAAGAUGGGAGGAAUUUGGUAUUAAGACGGAUGUCGUGGCGUACGAUACAUAUCUCAAUUAUCCCUUGGGUCACCGAUUGGCACUUUACGAAAGCCAGGGCGCAGAGCAGGCCGAGGACACUGCGUCAUGGAAAGUAAAAUUCGAGGCCAGCCUAAAAGAGGAUGUACUUGAGGAAGACGAGUCUACUGGCCUCGAAAACCGAAUCCCUACAUUCCACGGAUACUCAGCAUCCGGAAACGUGACCGCUCCAUAUGUCUAUGUUAAUUAUGGCACCUAUCAGGAUUUCGAAGACCUACUCAAGGCCAAUAUCACUCUAGAGGGCAAAAUUGCUCUUGUGAGAUAUGGCGAUAUUUUCCGAGGUUUGAAAGUGAAGAGGGCUGGGGAGUUAGGCAUGGUUGGGGCAGUAAUUUUCACUGAUCCAGGUGAUGAUGGACCAAUCUCGGAUGAUGAUGGGGUGGGUACAUAUCCCAAUGGCCCAGCCCGUAACCCAAGUUCUGUACAGCGAGGAAGUACACAGUACUUAAGUGUGGCCCCUGGAGAUCCGACCACACCUGGCUACCCGUCUAAGCCUGGAGUUCCACGUGAACCAGUCGAUGGAAAGAUACCCAACAUUCCUUCCAUUCCAAUCUCGUAUGCCGAUGCGAUCCCGAUUCUCUCUGCCCUCAACGGACACGGCCCGGCGGCCAAGGACUUCGGGCCCUACUGGCAACAAAACCUAGGCUUGCAGUAUAAGGGCGUUGAAUAUAACAUCGGACCAUCUCCCGACACACUGCUGUUGAACCUGGUCAAUGAACAAGAGUACGUCACAACGCCAAUUUGGAAUGUAAUCGGUGUCAUUAAUGGCACUUUGGCGGAUGAGGUGAUUGUCAUCGGAAAUCACCGCGAUGCGUGGGUUGUAGGAGGUGCCGGCGACCCCAAUAGCGGUUCAGCUGCCCUGACCGAGGUGAUUCGGUCUUUUGGUGUUGCUCUGUCUAAAGGCUGGAAGCCCUUGCGCACGAUUGUCUUCGCUAGUUGGGAUGGUGAAGAGUAUGGCCUCGUUGGGUCUACGGAAUGGGUAGAGGAGUUCUUACCUUGGUUAAGUCAUGCGAACGUGGCAUAUGUAAAUGUUGAUGUGGCAACCGUGGGACCCAACUUCCACGCGUCGGCGAGCCCCUUGCUAAAUAAGGUUAUGUACGAAGUUGCAAACCUCGUUCAAUCACCGAACCAGACUAUUCCUGGUCAAACUGUGGGUGAUUUGUGGGACGGUGAGAUCACUACUAUGGGUAGUGGGAGUGAUUUCACCGCAUUCCAAGAUUUCGCUGGAGUACCAUCUAUUGAUUUGGGCUUCGGACCGGAUCCAGCAAAUCCCGGUGACAAUGCAGGCACCAUCUAUCAUUACCACUCUAAUUAUGACUCCUUUCACUGGAUGGAGACUUUUGGAGACCCGGGGUUUCAUUACCACGCAACAGUUGCUAAACUUUGGGGACUAUUUACGGCUAGACUUGCUGAAUCACCCGUCAUUCCGCUGAAUGCAACGGACUAUGCUGUUGCGUUAGAGCAGUACAUUUCCGAUGUAGAAUCCAAAGUUGAUGCCACAAUUGCUGGUACGACGACCCCAAAAGAUGAGGCUGAAGCUCGUACACGCCCGACCCCAGGAGAGCCGAAGGGAGAUAUCGAGGCGCUGAAGCUUGCUUUUGACAAACUCCACGAAGCCGCGCGCAAGCUCAAGAAAGCUGCGCAAGCACACGAUACAUGGGCUGCCACGCUCUCGGAUAGAGCUGGGGAAGAUCUCCCAUGGUGGAAGUGGCUUACAAAGCUCAAACUCAUAAUUAGAAUCCGACGCGUGAACGUCAAGUACAAGUAUCUAGAGAGACAAUUCCUACAUCAGGAGGGACUGGAUGGCAGAUCCUGGUUCAAGCAUGUUGUCUUUGCUCCUGGUCUUUGGACGGGAUAUUCGGGUGCUGUGUUCCCAGGCUUGACGGAAGCCCUCGAUACGAAGGACUACGAUAAUGCCCAGCGGUGGGCUGGUAUCAUCGAGGGUAAGCUUUCGCAAGCUGCUGGGAGCCUGAAAUAG